AUGAAGUACCCUCAGAUAGUUGCAUGCCUUGUCACUGGAACCAUCGGCUGUAUAUUUAUCCUAAUCGGAGAAUCAACGCCUCAGUGGAUCACAUAUGGCUCCACUCUUACCGCUGGCUUGUUUACCGCUUGUGGAGUGAAUGGAUGUGUGUCAUACAUAGCUGAAGGUGGCAUCAUUCCAGCAAAGGCGUUUGUGGUGAUAGGGUUCCUGACCUCAGCUGCAGGACUCAUUGUUCUCAUCGUCUACUACUGCAAGCAUCUUCGCAACGACACCACUCACAAAAUCUUAUCUAUGGUCACUGCCGUACUCUUUAUCAUUGCAGCUGUUGCAUCUCUCAUCGGCCCCAUUAUCUUUGCUACCAGCGGAAAGAGUUUGUUCGAAACGGCAUUUGAACGUAAAAUGGACUUGGGCUAUUCUUUCGCCUUGACCAUUGUUGGCGCUAUCAUCACGGCUAUAGCUGGUGCUCUGGCACUUAUCCAUCGGCUGGGAUUACAGAAUUAA